CUUAAUUGUGAGAUAUGGAACUGCUUCUCAAGCUGGGCCUUGCGUACGGCAAUGGGCACACAUAUGCCUGGUUGGGUCUUCAGCUCCGUCCUCUCUCGGACAAACAAAAGCCACUCACUACCUUGGCGACAAGCCAUCCUCUCGCUUGCCUCAAGCCCAGAAUUCCAAACACGAGAUGGCUCGUGUAGCAACAUGACGUCACGACAUCGUCUGAAGCUCGAUCAUCGCAACCACAUUUAGCCAAGCCAUAACGAUGAUGUCGUCGUUACAGCCACAUGCGCGAAUGAAAUGACAGAAGUCAAUUGAACGGUCCGAAACCGGAUUUGCCCAUUGCCAUUGUUUUGUUACGAGUCCUUAAGCAUCCCAUUCGCAAAUGGGAUCUUCCCUCCUGCACUGUAGCAGAUCUUGACUCCUGUCUGAACCACCAGAACAAAAUAUCUAGCUGUCUUGAGACGACCCUCGUCACCAGAUUCGACAUGCUCAGUACCUCUCGAUCCCUGCUCAGACUCACCUCGCGAGCGUCCUCGACCGCUCCUGUGGGCCGCGUCUUCGUCCGACUCUCCCCCGCGAGCUUCCCUCAAACGUACCGUGCAUCAUUGUUUUCCAGUAAAUCGACCAACAAUCCCCCAAAUCAAUCCAUCGAUCGUGAACAUGAGAAAAAGGUCGCCCAGGAGACCCUCAAGUCCGACCCAAGUGCUGUCACCACAGAAAGCUCAGUCCGGCAUGUGAUAGAAGAGUCGCAGGCUCCUACAGACAACGACCAUGAUAUGGCUGCCGAGCUUAAGCAUGACAUUGACGCCGUCAAAGACACCUUCAGCUUUUCGAGCGUGCCUCGUGAAUCCCGCAUUCUUGGCCUCGCCGGGACACUACCCUACAUGGGCACGUCGCUCUCGACUCUCUUCUUGUCAUGGGAUCUAAACAAACAUUCGCCAACCGGUAAUUCCCUGUACGACGCCGUGUUCGUAGAUCACGAGACAGCGAAACACCUCUUGACCAUCAUCGAGCCAAUCCAACUGGGAUACGGAGCAGUCCUCAUUUCCUUCCUCGGCGCCAUUCACUGGGGCUUGGAAUAUGCUGAGAAGCAGCCCCUCCUCGAGCGCACUCGCUUUCGCUAUGGCGUCGGUCUGGCUGCCUCGAUUGUGGCCUGGCCAACACUCCUCAUGCCAGUCGAGUACGCCCUCACGGCCCAGUUCGCGACCUUUGUCGCCCUGUACUUUGUCGAUUCCCGUGCCACCACACGGGGCUGGGCUCCUCACUGGUACGGCACCUACCGCUUCCUCCUGACGGCCAUGGUCGGCCUCGCCAUCUUCAUCUCCCUAGUCGGCCGCACCAAGAUUAGCCAGGGUCAGACGUUGACCUCCCACGGUCUGGAGGAGCGCUUCGGCGCAUCGGGCAUUGCCGAUCACGACACCGACUGGGCCAAGCUGGAGAAGGAGGAAAUGGAACGAGUCAAGAAGGAGAAAGAAGAGGCCGAAAAGAAAGCGAAGAAGGAGGAACAGGAGAGAAAGCAAAAUGAGAUGAAGGCCGAGAAGGGUGCCAAGGGGCCCGAGCAAGAGAAGUCCGAAGACGUGGAAUCCAAGGACAAGAAAUCCGAAGAGAAGGAGUCCGAAAACGACGACGGGGUUGGAGCGGAUCAAGCCAAAAAUAGUCAAGACAAGAAAGACAAGGCCGAGACCAAAAAGGGGUCCAAAGACGACGAAGAGACGAAGGGUGAUGAUGGUGAUGAUCAGGAAGACGCAUCUUCAAAGAAAAACAAAUCUGCCAAGGGGUCUCAGUACGAAGAAAAGACGAAGGGUGAAGAUGAGUCUUCAAAGAAAGACAAAUCCACAAAGAAGAAGAAGAGCAAGGCCACGGAACAGGAAGAUGAGAGCUAGGUUGCAGGCACUCGGCGCAUUUGAAUUAUUUCCUUAGCAAGCCCACAACUGGAAUGUCAUUUAUCCGCGAUGAAGUUCAUAGCCGAAACCACGCUGCAAGACGGAAUUCCCUGA